CACCAGCUCCUCUGCCUUCGUUUGCUGCCUUCGUCCCGGAAGUCGGGGCUCAUUGGGUCGGUGGCGGGGCGCGGAACCGAGCCGAAACCUCCCCGCGCUCUUCAAGCUCCGUGCCGGUGCAGAGGGCCCAGGUCUCUGAGGAGUAUGUUUCUGCAGGAAGAACGGUGGAAUCGAAAAGAUGUGCCCGGAGCCGGAGGAUCUUCGUCCUCUUAACCACUUCUUCGAUGCUCUUGAAGGCGUUCCACGCUGCUCUCUUCCUCCUGCACAGCUCAGGAACAAUGACGGCUUCCUGUGUCGUGCUGCACACGGGGCAGAAGAUGCCCCUGAUUGGACUGGGCACCUGGAAGAGUGAGCCCGGCCAGGUGAAAGCAGCCAUUAAAUAUGCCUUGAGUGUAGGCUACCGCCACAUUGACUGUGCUGCCAUCUAUGGCAAUGAGACUGAGAUUGGAGAGGCCCUCAAGGAGAGUGUGGGACCCGGCAAGGCAUUGGCCCGGGAGGAAGUGUUUGUGACGUCCAAGCUGUGGAACACCAAGCACCACCCCAAGGACGUGGAGCCUGCUCUCCGGAAGACGCUGGCUGAUCUCCAGCUGGAGUACUUGGAUCUGUACCUGAUACACUGGCCCUAUGCCUUUGAGCAAGGAGAUGACCCCUUUCCUAAGAACGCCGACGGGACUAUACGCUACGACUCUAUCGACUACAAGGAGACCUGGAAGGCUCUGGAGGCCCUGGUGGCAAAGGGGCUGGUGCGGGCCCUGGGCCUGUCCAACUUCAGCAGCCGGCAGAUUGAUGAUUUGCUCAGUGUGGCUACCGUGCGCCCCGCUGUCCUGCAGGUGGAAUGCCAUCCAUUCCUGGCUCAGAAUGAGCUGAUUGCCCACUGCCAGGCACGGGGCCUGGAGGUGACUGCCUACAGCCCCCUGGGCUCCUCUGAUCGUGCUUGGCGUGAUCCUAAUGAGCCUGUCCUGCUUGAGGAGGCCGUGAUCUUGGCAUUGGCGAAAAAGUAUAACCGGUCUCCAGCCCAGAUCUUGCUUAGGUGGCAGGUCCAGCGGAAAGUGAUCUGCAUCCCCAAAAGCAUCACACCAUCCCGAAUCCUUCAGAACAUCCAGGUGUUUGACUUUACCUUAACCCCAGAGGAGGUGAAGCAGAUCAAUGCCCUGAAUAAAAAUUGGAGAUACAUUGUGCCCAUGGUUACGGUGGAUGGGAAGAGGGUCCCAAGAGAUGCAGGGCAUCCUCUGUACCCCUUUAAUGAUCCCUACUGAGAUGACAGCUUCCUGGCUUCCUUUCCAGCUCUCCAGCUGUAAGGUCCUGCAUCAUCAAGAGGGAAUUAAUAAAGCUAUUGGAGCAUC